GACCUAUCUUCAUUGUUCUGAGAUCUCAUCACAGGCUGGUUUCCUCUGAACUUUCACAUCCAAGAACCUAUCUACUGAAACAGGGACUUGUGAGAACUGGAUCAUAAGAUGGUCAAAGUGGAAAGAUUUCAAAGCAACAACUGCAAGGAGUGUCAUGUAACAGCUUGGAAUUUUCACCUGAAAACAGAAGAUGGCUUCAAGAGGAGCAACAGAGACGAGUAAGCUCAAACAGAACUUGGAAGAGCAGUUGGAUAGGUUAAUGCAGCAGCUUCAAGAUCUGGAGGAAUGUAGAGAGGAGCUGGAUGCAGAUGAGUAUGAAGAGACCAAAAAAGAAACUUUGGAACAGCUGAGUGAGAUCAAUGACUCCCUGAAGAAGAUUAUGUCUGGAGAUAUGACUUUGGUGGAUGAGCUCAGUGGGAUGCAACUGGCUAUACAGGCAGCCAUCAGCCAAGCAUUUAAAACUCCAGAAGUAAUUAGAAUGUUUGCAAAGAAGCAACCAAGGCAAUUGAGGACAAGGUUGGCAGAGAUGGACAGGGAUUUAAUGGUUGGAAAGUUGGGACGAGACCUGUACACACAGCAGAAAGUGGAAAUCCUGACUGCUCUCAGAAAGCUUGGUGAGAAGCUCACUCCAGAUGACGAGACAUUCUUGUCAGCAAAUGCUGGUGCAGCCCUGAGCCAGUUUGAGAAAGUCUCCACUGACCUUGGAUCAGGAGACAAAGUCUUUGCUCUAGCAAGUUUUGAAGUAGAAAAGGCGAAACAAUGAAGAGGUGCGUGAGGCUUGUGUCUCUCCAGUUAUCAUCAGCAUUGGACUUCUGUCAUAUUGCAUUUGGUUUUUCUAUUUCUAACAUGUUGAAAAGAAAAGCAAAACAAAACCCCAGACCCUAAACCUCCUCUUGGGUUCUUAACUAGAAGAUAUGAAGUAAACAGCCUUAAGUGCACUUUGGAACUCUGGUGUCUGUACCCCAUACUUGUACAAGUUCUGAGGCUGAACACUUAGUGGUACUCCGGAAACAAAAGCAUGGUAUGACUGUCUUUGGGAAGAAUCAGCUCUUGUGACCUUCUCUGAAUGUGUAUUUCUCUAACUAUUAAAACAUAAUCUUUUUUGCAUGUGGUUGUAGCAAGCAGAUGUUUUUCAGGAGCAGUCCUAAUGAGUAAGUGGUUUUUGGGGUGAUUCUUCACAUUGCUCUCAAACUGUCUUAAUUUUUGCCCAGACUCACUACUAAGUAGUUCGUACUGGGAAUGCAUUGAAGCUUGGAAAAAUUGACAUAGUUUAUUUGAAAUGCCAUCUUUCUACAAACUGUUUGCAGAAGAACCAAAAUGAGACUGUAUGCUGAUGGUGAGCCCUGAGCUGCUUGUUUGCUGUGCACAUGAAUGAGCUCCAUUGUGUCCUAGCCUUGACUGACACACAAUGGGAGCCCUGUAGGGAGUCUUCUGGAGUAAUUUAACCUUGUGUAUUGAAAUGACAGGGAAUUGCUUGGAAAUGGCAAUGAGAAGCCUUUUCUAUGACCUCUUACUUCAGCUCCGGGUGGAGAACUACAUGCUACUGUUAUUUCCCAGUAUUUUUGAGAUAGCAUGAAAUAGCUUGCAAUAGAAACAAGAUUAAAAGGUGAUGGGGGGGACUCUCAUUAUGUGAUUGGUACAAGUUUGCUCAGUGUGUUUAUCAGGGGGCAGUGCUCUGGAGAGGGGAAUGUGCCUCCACAGAGCAAUUAGAAUCCUAAGUCUCAAUAUGUAGGAGGAUUUUCAAUCUACUCUUGUUGAAUCUUUAACUCUUGAGUGUGGAGAAGCUACCUGGCACUCUAAAUGUGUGGUUUAACUUCCUGCUAAACUAUGUUUUGUGAAUCGAUGUUGGGAAUCUUUUUCUUGAAGUACUGUUUGCUUCACACUUUAAUUUAGUACUUAGCAUUUGGUUUGAGGUUUUAUUUCAUUGGGAUUAUCAGCUUGAGAAACAUGCAUUUCAGAUCUCCCUUGGUAUAUAUUCAGGCACUGAUCUGAUGAUCCUGGCAACCAAAAGAAAAGAAAGAAGAUGGCUUAAUUGCAUUUCAUACCUAUUACCCUUACUUACCACUAGGUAAAGUACACAGCUUUUAGCUGUAAAUAAAUGGGGGGAAAAUGCAAAAGUAACUUCAUGCAAAUAAAAGCAAUUUUCCUCUAUUUCUGUGCAAAAGGAAUUCAAACACUAGACAGUUUUGGGUCCUUUGGGCUGGAUGUUUGCACUUCCUUUCUCUGGAGAGCUUCACAAGUGGAGGGAACAUUAUGAAAUGUCAUUGGCAAAAGGAGAUUUGGCUGUGCUUGUGUUGAUGUGCUAUUGUUAUCUGGCACCCCUCAGAGAAAAUGGGACUUGCCAGGCACAGGUACAGCCAGUUCCCCUUCCCAUAAGGUGGAGCAGAAAUGUGUUGAGAUGAAAAAGCUGCCAUUUUGCUGCUUAAUUUGUUCUUUCUAAAUGGUAAAUUUAUUUUUCCUUAAAUAAGCACAAAGUGCAAUAACCAAAUGCCACAGUGAUUUGUGCUGAUUCUUCAACAUGUAAAACUGACGCUGAAAAGAGUUUAAAGAGAUCUCUACCUAUAUCACUAAGGUGAAUGGUGUAUCUUCAGGGCAAACAGAUUUUGUGCUGGUUUGAGUGAUUUUGGGGUAUUUUGGGUAUUUUACUGGCAAUGUGUCUUAAAUCUUAGGCAUUUCUGAACUGAGCUGUAAAAUGUGCUAGCUGCCAUCACAGUAAGUCUGUUCCUGGAAAGAAAAGGAUGGUGAUAAUACUGUAAAGAUCAGAAUUCCUAGAGGAAAAAAGUGAUCUUCUUCCCAUCUUGUUAGUGCUUUGAAUGAUAAGAAAUACGUGUACUAAAUGGAUGAUACUGAAUUAUUUUUUAAUUAGUAAUGGUUUAUAAACUGACUUCUAAACCCAAAGUUUGGGUAGAUUCAGUUCCAGUUUAUGGUGGCACGGCUCUUGGCAAUGCUGGAGUUGGAUUUGCAUUUGUCAGCAGUGAAGGUGACCCACUGUUUUGAGGAAUCCUGUGUUUAAUGGGGUAGAACAUCCAUGUUUCACCUAUCAUAUAUAUAUAUUUAACUCUUACAGCUAGACUUGAGCUUCAGUGAGAACUGCUUCAAAUUAAGUGGAAAUAGUCUUAAAUGUGGAUAGAUUAUUGCAGUGUUAAUCUGUGUCAUACAGGAGUCACUUAGAGACUAAGUGAGUAGCAUAGACUAAAACCAGAAAAUUAACAGGAUCAGUCAUAACUUAGAUUGCACUAUGGGGCAUAAACACCCAGUAAAUAAGCAAGUUGGUCUACUUAUAAACUAGGACUGGAGUGAACUAGAAAAUGCGGGGUUUAGAAUGCAUUUCGCUUUAAUAAAGAUCUUGAAAUCUAGUGUGUUAGAAAUGAAAGGAUACACAGUAUAGACAACAUAAUUUGUCUGAACACUGAUGGAACUUUUUCCUCAUUUCUUUUUUAAGAAGCUUUUAUUUAAAUGGGGUCCUUUGUCCAUUAUAUCAAAACUGUUUUGCUGUCUGGGGCAGCAUUAUGUUCUUUGACAAGGGCUGAUUGCAGCUUUAUAGCUGAGAGCAGCUUAUUAAAAGGCAUUAUUAGACAGUCUAAAAUUACUGAAAACAAAACAGUCCCUGGGGACUGUAGCUGCCUUCUUUUCCUUUCUGCUCAUUACUGGUGCUAAGUAACUCUUCUCUCCCCACACCCCCCAGCUUGCUUGUGGCAUUAGUAUGUAAAUGAAAUCUCUCAGAUCAUCAGAAUCUCUCCCACAGAUCACAGUAAGUUUACAGUACAAUGAUAUGGAAAUCUUUUCCCUUGUAGUCUGAGAGGCGUACAUUUCCAGGAGAAACUCUUUUUAUUGAUUUGCUAAUAUUUCAGGAUUUUUGCAUUUUCUGUACUGCAGGCGGUUGUAAAAUUCCUAUUAAAUACAUCUUUGACUGAA